UUUUGUUGGAAACUGUGAAAUUGAUUUGGAGAUCAAAAGAUACUUCUGCAGAGCUGGUGUGAAAAGUAUACAGAUCCAUGGCACUAUGAGGGUUAUCCUGGAACCACUAAUUGGAGACAUGCCCCUAAUUGGAGCACUAUCCCUUUUUUUCCUUAGGAAACCUCUUUUGGAAAUUAACUGGACUGGACUGACCAAUCUUCUAGAUGUUCCAGGACUGAAUGGCUUAUCAGAUACAAUAAUAUUGGAUAUAAUAUCCAACUACUUGGUCCUUCCAAAUAGAAUUACAGUUCCCCUUGUCAGUGAAGUGCAGAUUGCUCAGCUGCGGUUUCCUAUACCAAAGGGUGUUCUAAGGAUACAUUUUAUUGAAGCUCAGGACCUGGAGGGGAAAGAUACUUACCUAAAAGGGAUUGUCAAAGGAAAGUCAGAUCCUUAUGGAAUCAUCCGUGUGGGCAACCAGAUUUUCCAAAGCAAGGUCAUCAAAGAAAAUCUUAAUCCAAAAUGGAAUGAAGUUUAUGAGGCCUUAGUGUAUGAACAUCCAGGACAGGAGCUAGAGAUUGAGCUCUUUGAUGAAGAUCCAGAUAAAGAUGACUUCCUGGGAAGUUUGAUGAUAGAUUUAAUUGAAGUUGAAAAGGAGCGUCUUCUAGAUGAGUGGUUUACUUUGGAUGAAGUGUCCAAAGGAAAAUUGCAUUUAAAACUGGAAUGGCUCACAUUGAUGCCAACUGCUGAAAAUCUGGACAAGGUGCUAACAAGCAUUAGAGCUGAUAAAGACCAAGCCAAUGAUGGGCUUUCUUCUGCAUUGCUUAUUCUCUAUUUGGACUCAGCAAGAAACCUGCCCAGUAUCUACGAGGGAAACUUUGGGUGUGGAUACUUAAAAGAGAGGAGAGCAUCGGGACUAGUCUUUUGUGAAAACACUACCUCACUCUAUAGAGCACUAUUUCAUAAUCCUUUAGAAUUUAACCCUGAUGGCUUGAAGAAGGCUGCUGUUCAGAAAGCCCUAAAGUCAGGAAAGAAAAUAAACAGCAAUCCCAACCCACUUGUUUUGCUGUCAGUUGGACACAAGGCACAGGAAAGUAAGAUUCGAUACAAGACCAAUGAACCAGUAUGGGAGGAAAACUUUACUUUCUUUGUACACAAUCCCAAAAGACAAGAUCUUGAAGUUGAGGUGAGGGACGAACAGCACCAGUGUUCUUUGGGGAACUUCAAACUGCCUCUAAGCCAGUUGCUGGAGAGUGAAGAUUUAACUAUGCAUCAGCGGUUCCACCUGAGCAACUCUGGUCCAAACAGCACUAUAAACAUGAAGAUUGCACUCAGGGUCCUUUCUCUUGAAAAGCAAUCAAGAUCUCCAGAUCACCAACACUCAGCCCAAGUAAAAAGGCCGUCUCUUUCCAAAGAUGCAAGAAAAUCAUCUUUUAAGCCUCAGGUUCCUGUCUCACCACCACCUGAUUCAAGCAAACCUGUUCCAGCUUCCCCAGGGACUGAUAGUGAUAAAAAGACUGACAUAGCUGAAAAAAGUCAGCCUCCCAAUGCCAGCCCUCAGUGGCCAACAGAUCUCAGCCGAAGUUCCUCCAGUCUUCAUGCCUCUAACUUCUCUUAUUCUCCCAGCCAUCUCUCAGUCAAAGAGCCCACUCCUAGCAUAGCCUCAGACAUAUCUCUGCCUAUUGCCACACAGGAGCUACGGCAAAGACUACGACAGCUUGAAAAUGGAACAACUCUGGGGCAGUCUCCAUUAGGACAGAUUCAGCUAACGAUUCGUCAUAGUUCACAAAGAAACAAACUGAUUGUGGUAGUGCAUUCCUNCAGAAAUCUAAUAGCGUUUUCAGAAGAAGGAUCCGAUCCAUACGUGCGAAUGUAUUUAUUGCCUGAUAAGAGACGAUCAGGAAGAAGAAAAACACAUGUAUCAAAGAAGACAUUAAACCCAGUGUUUGAUCAAAUAUUUGAUUUCAGUGUUUCCCUGCCUGAAGUGCAGCGAAGAACACUAGAUGUAGCAGUGAAGAACAGCGGUGGUUUCUUGUCCAAAGAUAAAGGGCUGCUUGGCAAAUUAUUGAUACCUCUGGCAUCUGAAGAACUUGCUAAAGGCUGGACCCAGUGGUAUGAUUUAACAGAAGAUGGUACAAGGCCACAUGGUGCAAGUUAG